AGCCCUAUUUUCAAGGUGAAUAAAAGUUAAACUACACCGCAGGUAUUAAGAGUGUGAGCCUAAUACACAUGUUGACCUCAUUAAUCCACACUCAGCUCAAUAGGGUGUGGGGUGUGGGUGGGUGUGGAUGUGGGGUGGGUGCGGGUGGGGGUGUGGGUGGGGGUGUGGGUGUGGGUGUACGUGUGGGCGUGGGGUGUAGGUGUGCGUGUGACUAUCCUUUUAUAAACACCAACACCCACACCCACCCUCGAAUGUGCAACGACAUAUAUAAAUUUAGGUGAAACAUAUCGUCAAAUGAAAGAUUAUACAACGGCAUUGACAUAUUUUCAAAAAGGAUUAGAAAUACGUGAAAAUAAACUACCAAAAAGUGAUCCUGAUUUAGCUGUAGUAUAUCACAAAUUGGCAAAAUUAUAUUUAUCUACUCGACAAUAUAAUAUGGCAAUGAAAAAUGUUCAACAAGCCGUAGAAAUUGCUCAAGAAAAAUUACCUUCAAAUCAUCCUCAUAUUUUGGAAUAUAAAGAAACAUUUGAAAAAAUUCGAAAGGAAAUGUAA